UCACUGUCCAAUCAGCUGCGAGUAAGGUAGGGCAUUAGACCAGAUUCACCGGGAGCGAGUGCGAGCUACAAUCUGCUUAGACUCAACAACACGAUAUCGCCUUUCUAGGUGGGCAUGGAGUCCAAGAUUUGGGGGGAGUGAGACAACGUUACAAGGUACAAGACACAGGACAGGACAACUCCCAUGGCUGCUACAGCCAGUAGCAGAACUGAACCAAGACCAGGCUGGGUUGCUUUUUCAGAUGAGAAGUCACAGGCAGAUGAGGACCACCACCAGCCCUCUUUAGAUCAGCCUGUGCAGGACUCUGCUACGUGGGCAGAAGUACCAUGUGUGUCUGGUCAGAAAGCAGAGCAGCUGAAUUCCUGGGUUCAGUUUGAUGACAAACCAUGGUCACCCUCUCCUCCUCCCCCAUCACAGGUAAAAGGUCUCAGGCACAGCAUUUGCUCUUCGGCAAGUUUCUGGAGUGCUGUUCCCCCAUCAGAGAGCAGCUGGACCACCCAAUCAGAGGAGCAGAGCUCCGUGAGCAUGGGGGCGUCUUCCUGUGACCUGCCCUCACUUAACACUGAAGAACCACCCAGUCACUCACCCUCCUGUCCCCACUCUCCUAAUUCUUCUGUGUGCCAAGAGGAUGAAGGAAUGAACAUGGAUUCUUUCAACUGGACAGCAAACAACCAACACACUAAUGGCCAAUCUUAUGUCACCUCCAACCGCUUUGCCAGCUGGGUUACCUUUGAUGAUGAUGAGGACUCAGUUUUCCAACCUCCAGGGAAACAGUCUAAUAUAAAACUGGAUAACCUCAACAAUUCUCCUCUGCAGGAUGCCAAUAGCAACCUGAUUUCCUCUUCCUUUUGUGGCCAGAUGACAGAGAGACACAUUCUGGACCUGACCCCUGAUGGCACCAAUUCCAUCUUUGAGUUUAAUAACACACUAACGAACAACAGCGUCCCUUACAGCAAGAAGAACCCUUUCCUGGAUGAUGAGCUCUCGAACCUACAACCUUCUCCUAUUAACCCUUUCAGUGCCUAUUUUGACAAAACAGACCUGAAAACGUCCCAAGGCAUUGACUUGUGUCAGGAGGUACCAGAUGUGUUCCCCUUCACCUCUCCAUUCUUUGAGUAUCAAGAUGCUGAUAUCAAAAGGGAAUCUAUUAUGCUUUUCUCAUCUAAGAAAGACUCUGUAGUUGGAAAAGAUAGUAUCCCAUCAGGCCUUCCUGUAGAUGGUCUGGAUCAGCUCAGGAAUAUUCACAUUUCUGACCCUGACCAUGACGGUAGUCCUCCUCUACCAGAUGGUUCAGUGGAGGAAGUUGACUCUGAUGAUUCUACCUACGAACCAGACCAUAUGGCGCCUAAGGAUGGCUGGCCCAUGCUCCUGCGCAUCCCUGAGAAGAAGAACAUCAUGUCCUCACGUCACUGGGGACCAAUAUUUGUCAGGUUGACGAACAGCGGCCAGCUGCAUCUUUUCUAUGAGAAAGGGCUGGAAAAGCCCUUCAAAAAGUUCCAGCUAAACUCCCAGCAUGAGAUAUCUGAACCCAAGCUCCAGAACUAUGAUGAGAAUGGCCGUGUUCAUACCAUCAGUGUAGACCAUGUGGUUUACAAAGAGAAGAGGAAGAUCCAGCCCAAGGCCACAGUGGUUCAUAUACCUGUGAGAGAUCAAGCGGUGAAGCUUGGGACAACAAACUAUGAAGAUUUCUUGAGCUUUCAACAUGCUCUGCAUGAGAGCCUUGUGGGCCUCUCGGUGGAUCAAGAAGGUCUUAACUGGCCAACGACUUACACUGAGGAGGAGAUCUACGUGGAGGUGAGGGAUAACUUCUAUGGGAUUGUCUCCAAAGGGGACAGCCGUAUCUUGGAGCAGCUAGUUUUGACCCGAGUGAACAUGCUAGCCUUCUUGAACGGAUCUCCACCUUGCAGUAUCGGCCUCAAUGAUGUCCAGGUCAAAGGUAAAGAGGUGGUUUCUCGGCAUGACAUAAUUUCCAACACAACAUCACGUUGGAUUCAACUGCGGGAUUGUCGACUGCAUGAGUGUGCUGACCAGUUAGAGUUUGCAGAGUCCCGAGCCAUUACGUUUAGCCCACCGGUUGGUCGCCGCUUUGAACUUUUGCGUUUCCGAACGGCGUUUGCUGAAAAAACCCUUCCCUUCACUCUGAGAACAGUCGCUUGUGUCAAGGGUGCAGAAGUGGAGGUGCAGUCCUGGCUUGUGAUGUCAACGGGGUUUACAUCCAAUCGGGAUCCUUUAACAUUAAUACCAUGUGAGAAUGUUGCUAUCCGUUACCCCAUACCGGAAAUUUGGGCAAAGAACUUUAAGCGGGAGAGUGUGACAGGAGAGAAGUCCCUGAAGGCUCGCUUCAAUAAAGGAGCCAGUUUUGGUUCGACCAGCACGUCAGGGUCCGAACCGGCCAUGAGGGUCACGCUAGGCACGGCGAAGUACGAACAGGCAUUCAGGUCUGUGGUGUGGAGGAUCAGUCGCCUGCCAGACAAGAACUCAGCACUGGGACAUCCUCAUACAUUCUACUGUCAUUUGGAGCUGGGAUCAGACUGGGAAGUCCCGCCCAAGUUUGAGUGCCUUGUGGAGGUUGAGUUUGACAUGCCCUCUGCUUCUGCAUCCAAAGCCACCGUUCGCUCUCUGUCUGUGGGGGACAGAACUGACUUGAAGAAAUGGAUCACCUACAAAUCACAUUACUCCUAUCAGGUGGCAGUGGAGCAGAAGAAUGAGCACACAUUGGACAGUCCUCAGAAGGAGCAACCAGGCCAGUGCACUCAACAGUGAGGAACCAGGAAGAGAGGGAGGUUUAAAGCUUGCACUUGUUGAACGAGAGAAAGUUCAACCCUAAACUGGGGUAGUUUUCGUUUACAUUUCUUGCUCAUUUGGACAUUUUUUUUCCCCCUUGUUUCCUGGAUCCCUUGCAACACUACGGUAUAUUUCCAGAUCAAUGCAAGCAUUGCAUGUCCAAAUAUUUCAAGAAUAUGAUUUGCUAUUGCUAUUAAUCGUAUUUUAUGGACAAUGAAAUCUGGCUUUGUCCAAAAGGCGAGUAACUCGCAAUCAUCUCAUAAGUAAUCUAAUUUGCUUAAAACGAUGCAGCUGUUGUGGUUUGUUUUAGCUGCAGAUAUCACAAAAAUGAUGUGUACAUUUUUCUGUAUAUUUUGGCCUAUGAAGAGUCAUUUGUGUAGUGUUAUCAAGUGAGUUUUCUUUUUGUUUAGCUUUGUACAGAGGAUAAUGAGGGACUAGUUAACUAACACAUUUCAGAGCUUUUGUUAAUUAAAAAAACAAACAAGUAAACCUCACUAAAUUCUAAUUAAAAAUACAUGCUAGCAAAAUGAAAGGCACCAGUAAUACAAAUUGUUUACCUUAGAUUCGUGUUCAUGAGUCUCUUAUAAGCACAUUUUAAUUUGUUUUUAUGAAUAUUUAUUAGAGCGACAAAAAUUCCAAAUGAAAAUAUCAUUCAGAUUCAAUUAAUUUGUUCACUUUUUUCCUUUGGGUUUUGUUUGCCACAGACAUACAGAAUCAAAUCUGAGUAGUUGCAAAUGUGUUUAAGUCUUAAAGCAUGGUACUGCAGUGAGGGAAAUGAUUGUGAAUGUAAAAUACCCUGUACUUUGCAUAUCUUGACGAGUUAAUGAGUAUUUUUUUAACCAAGUUUAACAAUUAAGUAGGUUCAAAAGGUGUCAUAAUUACUAAAGAAGGCUUGAACUUUGUAAAACUAGCAACUACUACUGUAAUUUUUCUUCACGUUUCUUUUCAGGUUUAUGUUCUGUUGAUUUAACUAAUUGUUGUUGAACUUUUACUGAUAAUUAAUAAGUGUUUAAAAAUAAUAUCUAAGAUUACAUUUCCCAAAUAAUAUUUGUCCAUUAUUUUUGUUACAUUUUUAUUUCAUGUUUUGUUGUUUUGGUUUUGGGAGUCGCAGUUGAUUUGAUUGUUCGGUGCACAAACCUAGUAUUAAUCAAGAAUGAAUUUGAAAAUGACCAUGUAUUUUUUAAUCAUAAUUUAAAAUGAUUAUGAUUUAAGUUUUGUCCUGUAAUGCAGAGGAAAACAUUUAAUAGAACUAUAAAUUGCCAUAUAGUUCAUCUGACCUGACCAUGAUCUCACACUGUUAAACAAAAAAAUGAUAAACAAUGUUAUCUGCUUUUCUUCUUAUUUGGCUUUUUUGUUAAGUUCAUUGCCAUAAUUCUUUUUUUAGAAAUAAAUACAGUUAUGCGA